AUGACGCAGGAUUGGUGUAAAUUUGAUAUUGCUUGUGAGGUUUAUAGACCUGAAGGGUAUAGUGGUUGCCGAGGAUGCAAGCAUUGGGGAUCAGAUGUUUGUCUGUCAGUGGAUGACCCAGCUGGAACGGCAGCUCCGCCAUCGGGAGAGCUUUUUGAUAAGUAUUUCGCAGUUGAAUCGACUGAGACAUCGAAGUGGACUUGUACAGUGAAGUCCCCUUUAACUGGGGUACCUGAUUAUCCUGACGUGAAUAGUACUAUUAAGGCAAAUACAAUCUUCACUGGAUUUUCUGAUUUCGAUUCGUGCACUUUUGAAGUUACGAUAGCGGUGACCGACGUAAAUUCUCAAACGCCUGAAUUCAAUCAAGUCUCUUAUUCCGUGGAUAUAUCUGAAGACACCCAAGUUGAUGCUCUUGUUGCAACUGACAUUACGAUUCGAGACCAGGACAAAGAUGAGCCGAAUAAUGUUGUCGUUUUGUCUGUCGACGACAACUGCCCAGUAUCACCGGAUCCUUCCGAGUACAAAGAUUUUGGCGGGAAUUUCAAAGACGCCAAUUUCAAACUUCGUACUCGUGUGGACUAUGAAGAGACAAAGUCUUAUGAUUGCAUCCUCACUCUGAAGGAUAAAGGUAUAUCAGAACUUUUUACUACGGCUGACCUAAAGGUUAUGGUAAAAGACAUUCCUGAUCAAGAUCCUGUAUUUGAUGAAAAUUUCUACACUGCUGAGGUUACUGAUCCAGUGCCAGAGGAAGGAGGGACAAUACUGGAAACUCAGCCGAAACCCAUACAUGCUGUAGAUGGAGAUACGGGUGAUCCAUCUCUUAUAACUUAUUCAAUGGAAGUUCUAGACCCAGCAGGCCUAGGAACCACUUACUUUGUGAUAGAUAGUACAACUGGCGUCUUGACCCAUGUUGCCCCUCUAGAGGAUGAAGUUUUGGAAAAGAAACGGUUCAUCAUCCGCUUAACGGCUACCGAUGAAAGCAAGGCCAAGGGCAACAGCAUUUUGGAGAUCGAUUUACCACCUGUGCCAACGACAACUCCAGAGCCCACAACAAGUACGACUGUUGUGACUACAACUACGCCAGAGCCCACAACAACAAGUACGACUGUUUUGACUGAAACUACAACUACACCACCAUCAAGUACACACGAAUCCUCUUCAUCCUCAAGUGAGACACCGUCGACAACUGCAUCAAGUGUGACAGAAUCGACGACGACUCCAAGUGUGACUGAGUCGACAUCUUCUUCAAGUAUGACACAGUCGACAACUACUUCAGUUAUGACAGAGUCAACGACUUCUCCAACUACUACCCCUGGCCCUGAGAUGAGUUUGCACUUCACCAAAGAUGCUUAUGCUGGAGACGUCCCCGAGAGAUAUGCAGCUGCUUUUUUAAAAGUUGAUGUCAUUGUUAAAGGAUUCGACCGAAGCGACGUCAUAUUUUCUCUGGAGGAUAGUGAUUCUGCGUACUUCGACAUAAACAGUCCUGACGGAGAAAUAAGGCUCAAGACGGGGGCUGAAGCUCCUCCUCCAGGGGAGUACUCUUUCACGGCGAGGGCCAAAGGACCAGAAGAAACCAAAUUGGAAAGUACAGCCAAGGUAAAUGUUGUUGUGCUUACGGCAUCUCCAGAGAAUUUGUCACUUACUCAAAGUUUAUAUUGGACAAAAUUAAUGGAAAAUAAGACCCAAGAAAGGUUUUUCGAGAUAAAAGUGGAUGAUACUGCUGUCGACCCAGUUUCGUACUGCAUUAUUAAUGUGAAACCUACGAAAUAUAACGAAUCUUUUCAAGUCGUCGAAGACGCGGGCAAGUGGUACUUGGAGAUGAAGGGAGAGCCCAUAGACUACGAAAAGACGCAGGAAGUGAGUCUCAUAAUCCAAGUCUUCGACAAAGAAGGUCCUUGUGAGGACAAGACGGUCCAGAGCCUUUCCAGGAAUGAGGCCAUGGUCUUAAUUUCCAUAAUCAACUUGAACGACGAGGACCCUUUUUUCCAAAUUCCAAGCUCAGGGGCCGAAACGGUCUUCUAUCCAAAAGACGUAGCCCUGCAGAAGAUCGUCGGACCAGUUACCACUCUACAGGCUGAUGACGGUGACCUCAAGGAUAGCAGCUUGGGUGAAAAGAUCAGUUAUUCAAUAACCAACGAGGUUGCAGGAUUCUCCAUCGAGAAGGACACAGGUGCCAUCUAUGUCAAGAGCGAAUUUUCGUGUGAAGGAGAGGGAUGUCAGAUUAAGGUCAAAGCAUUAGAUGCUGUUAAUCAUGCAACAGAAGAAGUAACUAUCGUCGUCAAGUCCCUGGACAUGGGUUCAAUCUUCACUUUGGCACUGAACGACACUGAGGUGGGGCAGGUUGACGGGAAGCUACGAACAUUGUCCGAUGAGGUCGGCCUCCAGAUCUCGAAAGUUUACGUCAACUCAGAGGUUGAAGUAUCAACAGAGGUUCAACAGAGAUACCCCGGAUUUUCUCCACACCGUAGUCGUCACCAAUUUGGUCAGCCGACCGAGUACCUCAGUUCUGGGUCCUCCUCCAACGCAGAGGAGCAUUGGCAGAUCGAGGUCAAUGUUUACGCGAUGGACGAAGCAGGAAAUUUGGUCACGCUGGAGGAAUUCAAUAAGAAGUUGUCAGAAUCGGACCAUAACGAAGCAGUCCCUUUCGUCGAUGAAGAAAUCUUCAACCCUCCUGCGGCUGGUGAUGACACGGGGUUGAUUGCUGCUGUUAGUGUCCUCGCAGUCCUUUUGGGAAUAAUUCUUCUCGCCGGUGGUGGCUUCCUUGUGUAUCGAAAGCACCGAGCAAGAACAACAAACAAGCCUAAAGAUAUUAGUACCGUUGGAGGAGCUUACCCAAACCAUAGUUAUUCAGAUGAUGAAAGUGAAACCAAGUCGGCCACGAGCAAGAGAUCAGACGUAAUGGUACUUAACGGAUCUCUUGGUAGAACAGACGACGUUGACACGUUUGGAGAACUAAACAAUGAGGGUAAGAUUGGUUUGCGAAGGACUGACCCUGGAACGCCUGAGUUCUAUGGCAUCUCUUCUCGGGAACCUCCUCCAUCUUACAACAAGGAAGAACGUCCCACGAGUAAACCUCUCGUUGGGUCUUUAAGCAAAGAUACUGGGUCAUCGCUCUACCCUUCGUUGACCUCGGACGGUCCCGUAGAACCACAAACAACGACAACAUACCUGACAAAGAAUCCCAAGAAAGCUCCUCCGCCUCUGAAUUCGGCUCCAGCGAAAUCCAUUCUCAGAGGGAAAAGUGGUUCUGAUACUAGGCAAGAUAUUCCACUCUACAACACCUCAUUCCAACAAAAAGAUACAUCAAAGCCUCCAGAACCAGCUGCAGAUUACAAAGAAGAUGAAAAUGACGAUGCUCCAGUGACCUCGGCGUUUGCCAGCCUCAAGGGCUCCCCGAAAUUAAAGAAAAAGUCGGUGCCAGAAGGGGAUCAUCUGAAGCCGGAGGAUGAUGAUUCUGACGAGGAUGGCGAUAGCCAUUCGGGAAAAGUUUCCUUCAAACGAGAAGUGAGGGAAAUUGGGGGUCCGGAGGAGAAGAAGAGUAAUCUCAAGCAAGACAACGAGCGCGAGGAUGAGGAGGAAAAAUCCGUCGCUUUCAAAGUGCUGGUGGACAUGAAGGUGGUCGAGACAGAAAACGCAGGUCCUUCGCAGAAGGCUGCGGCCGUGGCUGCGGCCAAAUCUGACGCUCUUGAGAUCCUGGAGGCGAACAGGAAGAAGAUGAAGGAGUCGGCAGGAGCCGGUGAAGAAAAAGAAGAAGACGGCGAUGAUGAUAUGUUGCAGAGUUCUUUGUAAAGGAAGAUUUUUUUAACGUUUUUAUUUUAAUGUGAGGAUUCGGAUGUUAUUAUAAUUAAGUAUUCUUAAAUGUUUCUAUAUAACCUAUGAAAAUAAUUCGCUUAUGCCUUUUUUACACUUUGCUGACUGUUGUUAUAAUUAAGUAGCCUAGUCUUAAAGAUUUCUACAUACUUAUGAAAAUAAUUCGCAUUUACAUUUUUUACACUUAUUGAAUGAUGUUAUAAUUAGGUAUUCUUAAAGGUUUCUAUAUGCCUUUGAAAACAAUUCGCAUAAGUUUAUAAACCCACAUUAACCCAUAGAUUAGGCAUAUAUGUAAUCUAUUGGUCACAUUCACCUGUCGUAGGGAACAGAGGAAAUAGGAGGUCAUUAAGGCUAAUGAAUAGGUUAAACAUUCGUCAUUAAUCAGAUUUUAUUUAUCGAUUCAAACGUUGCAUACAUUAUGCGCGCUUGAAUAUAAACCCGAAUAUCGUUUGUUUUUAAUAUCAGUUUUCAAACUUAGCGGCCUGCAUGCUACUGCAACAUUGUAACAGACUUAUUUUACAUAUAAAUACAUAAUUUACUUAUAAAUACAUUAAUUGUGUACAUUAUAGAUAGCAAGAAAUAAGGCGAAUGGAAAUUUUUUAACAUUUAACCUGUCAAAAAGUAAAUGAGAACAAUAAGAUUUUGGCUACGUUUCAGCUUACCGCAAGUCAUGGUUGAAUAUUAAAAAACGAAUAAUAUAUGAUUGAAGCCUUUUGGUUAUAUUGUAGAUGUAAGUAAAUAGACAAUUUAUUUUAUCGUACGUUAAUCAUUUUCUUGUGUUGCCAUGCCGCUGGCAGGCAUUAUUACAUUAAAAUUAAAAAGAUAA